GCGUGCGCGCGCGCGUGUGCCCGAGGAGCUCUCCAGGCAUUGCAGGGGAGGCGGCGCUCCUCCGUCUCGGGCCUCCUCCCGCGCCUCCAGCCCCUCGCCGCCCUCGGCCUCCGUGGCGGACCCCGGCGCGGACGGAGCACGUGGGGCUGGGCUUGGCUGCUGCUCCCGGGCCCCCCUCCCUUCCCCUCCCGAAGAAAGCCGGCUGGCCUGGGCCGAAAGCAAGCCAAGCAAAGAAGGGAGGAAGGAAGGAAGGAAAGGCAAGGAGCCCUCCGGCCGGCGCGGCGCUCCUCUUCCUCUGCAGCCUUCUCGGGCCAUUAGCGCUGCGCCAAACUCCGGCCAGACCACUGUUGUAGCCCAGGACAGCCAUCAUGGACAGUAAUAUUGAUGAACAUCAACUAAGUGUCAUAAAAAAUCCACCUGGAUGGGAAAUAGGUGUCUAUAUUACGGGGGCACUUGCUCUUCUGGGCAUAGCUGGAGUAAACCUGUGGAAGCUUUGGAGAUCUGGCAGCUAUCCUGCACCGUCGCCAUUUCCAAACUAUGACUACAGAUACCUUGAGCAAAAGUAUGGGACCACAUAUUCCCAGAUCAAGCAAAAGAGAGCUGCAAACAACUUCCGAAAGGCAGGAGACAGGACAUCUCCUGUUCGCAAGCCAAGCCUGAAAAUGGACGACACCUUUGAAAACAUUAAUGAGUUAGGCACUUUGGAGCUGAUGCAUAAAGAGCUUGAUUUGGCUCCCUAUGGUCCCCUGAAAAAGUCUAUUUCCACUGACUCCCUCAGUUCCAUCUCCUCUAUUGGGAAUAACUUUGGCCAAGAAUUCACAGUUGGACAAGUGGAAGUCAACAUGGAAUACAAUGUACAUUCCAACACCUUGCAUGUGACACUGCUGCAAGGGAAAGAUCUCAUGGAGAAGGAAGAUAUCAACUUUGAGUCCUGCUUUGUGCGCAUAAGUUUGCUCCCGGAUGAACAAAUUGUUGGCAUUUCUAGGAUCCAAAGGAGUGCCUACUCCGUUUUCUUUGAUGAGAGAUUUUCAAUUCCCCUGGAUCCUUCUGCCUUGGAGGAAAACAGUUUAAGGUUUUCUGUCUUUGGCAUUGAUGAAGAUGAGAGGAACAUCAGCACUGGGGUAGCUGAGCUGAAGCUGUCCGAUUUAGAUCUCUCUAUUCGUCCUUUCAAUGCAUGGCUCUAUCUACAGGACAUGAACAAGGCUAGGGAUUCAGUGGGGGAAAUCCUGCUUUCUCUUAGCUAUCUACCAACAGCAGAGAGAUUGACUGUAGUUGUGGUUAAAGCCAAGAAUCUUGUGUGGACCAAUGGCAAAAUGUCUGCAGAUCCUUUCGUCAAAGUAUAUUUACUGCAGGAUGGCCGCAAAAUCAGCAAGAAAAAGACUGCCGUGAAAAGAGAUGAAGCAAAUCCAGUGUUUAAUGAGGCCAUGAUUUUUUCAGUGCCAGCAAUUGUCCUACAGGAACUGUCUCUUCGGGUGACGGUGGCAGAAUGUUGCGAUGAUGGAAGAGCCGAAAACAUUGGCCAUGUCGUCAUAGGCCCAGCUGCAGGGGGCAUGGGCAUCACCCAUUGGAACCAGAUGUUGGCCACCUUGAGGAAGCCCGUGUCCAUGUGGCACCCACUUCGACGAAGCUAAGGGCACAAUUAUUUACUGAAUAAUUCAGUAUGGUGCCUGAAUUUUUCCUAUAGGUGGAUAUUAUUAGCUAAUGAACUUUAGGACACCUAAGAGCCAAAACUGCUUGCCCAAAUAUUCUUCACAAAAAGGGAGUAGCAGCAAUAGCAAAGACACAAAUACAAGUCAGUUGCCAAACAAGACCACACAAGCCUUGGGAAAGCUUCGGAACUAAACACCUAUGUUUGGAAGCCAUAUUAAUACAAAUGUUCCCUCUAGGAGCUUGGGAACAAAUGGGAUGGCCUCUCUUGACACCAUUAUUCUGACAUCACCAGCUUGGAGAACUGUCGUUUUAAAAUUUAUUUGCUACUGGUCUGGUUUUUCCUCUAGCAAAGAGAGUUAGAAGGGAAAGCUCGAGGUCUACCAUCUGCUUGGCUUCACUCACCCCUUACACACGUUUACUUGGAAGUCUAAUCCAUUGCCUUCAUCUUGCUUCAAAUUAGACGCACUUUGGAUCAUAGUCCUGUAUCUUAAUCCUUGUCAGAUUCAUUGGGAAGCAAGUCUCACAUCAGAGGAACUUGGUAACAAGGAAAGUUGCUUUACAAUUAUAGCAGCCUGCAACCAGAGUCACAUGCAUCUUCAUUGUGGACCAGAAUCUAGAAGGGUCAUGUGAGUGUGUUGCAGUGAAGAACAAGGCCAAUGUUCUUUUCACUGUUUGCACCAUGUAACAUUACACCUAUGUAGCUAUGCCAGAGACUACGGAAUUACAAAAUUGUGUAACUUAUCACACCAACCAGUGCCAUGGCAUUCGCUCUCCUGAUCUGCAUCAUCAGUACAACUCCCUAUUUGCUUCGAAGAUCUACACUGGCAGAACUUCCUAGGCAGCGCAACAUUAUACAUUGGCUCCAUGGGGCGUGUGCAACCCUGAAUAUGAUACCUCACCCUUGUGCAACCUCUGAGAAAGUACAACAAUUUGCAUAACACCAGCGUGAAGUUGCAACAGGAUACUCACUUAAGAGGCUACUUUAUGUACCAAUCUAUUGUAGUAUGACAGUUUUUACAGACAACGUUCUUAUGUGUUUGUCAUGAAGUGGAUCUGCUUUUUGCCUGUGAUGGAGCAGCUUCUACAUCAAGAACUCAUGCAAGAAAAAUUUUGUCCAAUGUUCUUCUUUUGUCUUACUUUAUAUACUACAGUAACCGUGAACCAGAGAGUAUACAGCAUGAUCACAAAAUCCACAAACAUCCAUCCAAUGACUAUCUAGAUUACAGUGUGAUUUCAUUUAACCCAGUGUUCCAGGAAUAGCACCAUUGUCCCUGAAAGUGUAAUACAUACAGGUCUACUCAGACAUAAACCACUUUGUAUUCAGGCCUGAAAUUAACUUCAGGUUUAUAUCAAAAGCUGGUAGAGGAGGCAUGGGCAAGCUUCGGCCCUCCAGGUACUUUAGGCUUCAACUCCCAUAAAUCCCAGCCAGCUUCCCAGCUGUUAGAAAUUAUGGGAGUUGAAACCCAAAACACCUGGGCAGCCAGGAUUUGCCCAUAUCUGAGUUAGAGGGAUGUGCAGAACGUGACAUUCUUGGUGUGCAGAACAUGAAAUAUUUCACCUUAGAUUCUUAAGUGAAUGAGAUGGCUUUCAUUUGAUAUCCACACCAUAAGACUCUAAAUAUAUGCCUUUCAAUAACAAAGGAAAUGACUUGCAGUUUCUCAAGUCGCUCCUGACACACACACACACACACACACACACAAAAGGAAUGACAAUGUCAUAAUCAAACCAAGCUCAGAUCCAGGAAUAUUUAUAAUUAGGUCAUCUUUUGGUUUUCUUAGAUUCUUGUCUGCAUAAUGGACAUCCUUCUUCAUAAGUAAAAUUAGCACAAGAGUCCAGCAGUCUAAAUGUACCUCAGGAAAGGUUUGGACAGUUUGCAAAAUCUGUUGAUGUGCAUAAUUGAUUUUGGUAGGAGAUAAACUACCCUUAAAAACAUGAAAAUGCUUGCUUUCAAUUAAAAGGUAUUCUGUCACUGAAGUGGAAGAAAUAGUGAUUUUCAUAGAUUUCAGGGGAGGAAAUGUCAGCAGGGUCCCUUCAAUCAAUUCUGACAUUUGAUUUGAGCAGCAUUUGGAAAAGUCACUUUUAAAGACUCCAACUUUCAGAAACCCUUACUUAGCCUGUCCCACGAGGUUCUGGAAGUUAUCUUCAAAGUAAUUUUUCUGAUAUGAACCAGAAGACUUGGUGUCUGCAGUUCUGUUGCAGUUAAAGUACUGGAAGUACUGGCUGCUUUGCUUAGCUGUGUACUUCCAAAAAAACAAACAAAAACAUAAAACCAAACCCUACUCAAAAAACCAUUGCUGAACAUUCUUUAAAAAAAAAAGAUCAUCCUUUAUAAGCGUCAGAUGCAAUCAGUUUCAAACGCUGAUGUUGAAACAAUAACAACUGAAUGUGAAUCCAUUUGACAUUGGGAAUUUAACUUUCAAAGAAAAAACCCUCCCUCUUCUUUGAACAUUAGUAAACUCCAUUAUGAGUCAAGCAAAUUCUGCUAUUUGGUAUGGUUUUUUAGGUUGGACAAAAUAUUCUACACUUCAUUUCCUAUAGCUAACCAGAUAUUAAAUGCUCCUUCUACAGAGCAAAAUACCACAGUGGGACUGGUUUUAUCAUCUGGACAGAAGGAGGGACAUCUGGAUUGACUGAAGCCAAAGAUCCAUUUAAUACAAGACUGGUGAUUUGUGAGUGUGUGCUGAUGAGGUGGAAGCUUUGGUGUACACUGUGAAGGACAACAAAAGGGAGACACUGGGAAUUCACUCUGGAAAUUCAGUAGACCAGCACUCACCAUCUAAACCCCUUGAGGCAUUGCCUAUUAAAUCCAUAAAAGCAUACCAACACAACAAUCCAAAAUAACUUAAUAGAGCAGGAGAAAUUAUUAUAGUCAGGCAUCAGGGUUGAAAGUGACAGUAACAAAUUAAAAUUGAAUUUUGCUGAUAUUUUAAAGGUUCUGAGGAUGUGGAAUGCAUAACAGAAGGUGCCAGAAUAAAACAGGUAAAGCAUCAAUGCCAAAA